GCGGCCGCUGAUUGGCUGCUGAAGGCUUGGUCCCAUCCCAGUGACCCCAAAGUGCUGGAGGGAGGGGGCGGGGGUGGCCCAGUGCAAAGUGCAUCCCGAAAGCCCCCUGCUUGGAGCCCCCACGGCUGGCACUUCGGACCCUGUAUGACCCGGGACCUGCUGCCCCGAGACUUCCCGUGUGCCCCCGUAGCUGGGAGCCUUCGGCCCGGAGCGCGGCAGCCCCCUGUUCCGAGCCCUCAGACCGGGACUGCCCCCCCCACCCGAGCCGGGACUUCCUCCCUGCACCCCUGCCCCGAGGCUGCCCGGCGGUCAGGAUCGUCGCCCCCAUUCUGCUCGGCCGUCUGGAUGCUCCGCGGGCUGCGGCCGUGAGGCACCGAGAAGGAUCAGGAACACCCGUGUCCGGCCCUGCCUGGGGUGUUUGUUCAAUGGAGAAGUUGGUGAGUGUGGAGAAGGCUGAAAGGAGGAAGAGAAGCAGCAGCUGAGCAGACAGGUUUGAGCUGGCUAGAGGAGACGAGAGAGCAGGAAGGGGUCAAGCCACCCGCCAGAGAAGCCCCAGUGAGCCUCUCACCAGCAUCCUCUGUAAAGGUUCAGAAAGCUCAUUCACCCCGCAAUCUGGACACACUCUGAGCUUCCCCCUCACAAUGCUGUAUGUGCACAAUGGUUGUUAGGCAAUCCACGUGUCAGGAGAAGGGACAUUCUUCUGUAAGGCUGUUCCCUGUGACCUAAUGAAUCCUUGGUAAACAGCGGACUCAGCUAGGAUGUUACACCACCAUUGCCGGAGGAACCCUGAACUCCAGGAAGAGCUGCAGAUCCAGGCCGCGGUGGCGGCCGGGGAUGUUCACACAGUCCGGAAGAUGUUAGAGCAAGGCUACUCUCCGAAUGGCCGGGAUGCUAAUGGCUGGACCCUGCUUCACUUCUCUGCAGCGAGAGGGAAGGAAAGAUGUGUUCGAGUAUUUCUAGAACAUGGAGCCGAUCCCACAGUUAAGGACUUGAUCGGAGGCUUCACUGCUCUUCACUACGCAGCUAUGCACGGCCGGGCUCGGAUCGCACGCCUGAUGUUAGAGUCUGAUUACAGGAGCGACAUUAUCAAUGCCAAAAGCAAUGAUGGCUGGACUCCCCUCCAUGUGGCUGCUCACUAUGGGAGGGAUUCUUUUGUCCGACUCCUCCUGGAGUUCAAGGCCGAGGUCGACCCGCUCAGUGAUAAGGGCACAACACCCCUUCAGCUCGCCAUCAUCCGAGAGCGGUCAAGCUGCGUGAAGAUACUCCUGGACCACAAUGCCAACAUCGACAUCCAGAACGGUUUCCUGCUGCGAUACGCUGUGAUCAAAAGCAAUCACUCGUAUUGCCGGAUGUUCCUUCAGAGAGGAGCAGACACAAACUUGGGUCGCUUAGAAGAUGGACAGACUCCUUUACAUUUGUCUGCCCUUAGGGAUGAUGUGCUUUGUGCACGGAUGUUAUAUAAUUAUGGAGCGGACACAAACACAAGGAACUAUGAAGGACAGACCCCGUUGGCUGUUUCACUAAGUAUUUCUGGAAGUAGUCGACCGUGUUUGGAUUUCUUACAAGAAGUCACAAGACAACCCAGAAACUUACAGGACCUGUGCCGAAUUAAAAUUCGACAAUGUAUAGGCCUUCAAAACCUAAAGCUACUUGAUGAACUACCAAUUGCCAAGGUCAUGAAAGACUACUUAAAACACAAAUUUGAUGAUAUCUGAUGUACACAGAACUGUGAGCAAGAUUAGGAGUUAUAUUCCAGAUACUUAAAAGGCUUUUUGCCUUGCACAAAGUAUAUCCUAUGCAAUUUCUGAUUUGCUGUGAAGUCAGAAAGCAGGUAUACACUUUUAGGUUUUUUUUUUUGUUUGUUUGGUUGGUUGGUUUUCAUGGUAGGGGAGGGAUUUUUUUUUAAUAUAUAUAUAUAAACACACACACACACACACAUACACACACCAUAUGCUUGAAGGUCUUAAUUUGGUUUCUUGGUCCAAGUUUAAGAGGUCCAAGCUCUUUAUACAAUGUUGCAUUGACAAAACUUGUUUUCCCAAAACGACACAUGCAGGGCUGAUGUGGAGAAUUUACCCUUUCUGAAUUUAUGGUUUUAUGGGUGCGUGCAACAGUAUGGACCAGCAGAGCACUUGUCAAGAUUUGGAGGCACAGUUCCACCCAGGGGGGUCCUGGGUUCUACUGGAAAAUGCCCGAAGAAAUUUUUAAAGUAACGGAUGCUGUCACCUUGUUCCUUUUUAAUGAGUACAAAUCGGUGGUUUCAAACUGUUCCUUUCCUAAUUAAUGUAGCUUUCAGAGAACAUAACCCAGUACCUCUGCUUUCCUGUUGGUGUGCUCUUGUUUUUUAACUUAUUUUUUUAACAACUGUAGUACACUACCCAGAGACAUUGGGUCUCAACUUCUGUCUCUAGUUGAAUCGUGCUUUAAAAAAAAAAAUUAAUGGAAAAAGAAGAUAACUUUAUAAAGCCAGUGUGUUCUGUUUUUAAAACAGUGCCUCCGUGCAAUACUCUUUCUGGUGUAUUUUAUCCAUUAUUUCUCUUGAUGUUUCUCAUUCCACGGCCAGCUCUGACAUGCCCACAAGGGCAGGAACCGCUACUUUUAAUUUUAAUUGCAGAACCAUGGUGUGUCCGUUGCAGUUUCCAUUGUAAGCUUUGUCGUUCACUUUAAGCAGAAAAUUUCAUAUCCUGGGGGUAGAGUCUUCCCUAAAAAUAGCCCACAAUAUUGUCAAACCAUUUGGCUUCACCGGUUCAGUAAUUUGGGGUGGUUUCAUGGUGUUUCCUUUUUUGUUUGUUUGUUUGUUUUUUUACUUCUUCCUAGUUUAAAAAAAAAAAAAAGAUUUCUAAAGGGAACAGUUUUGAAUGGGUGUGCAGUUCUAAGUCUGGUUAAUUCCUGUUAAGCUAAUUAAGCAAUUCCUAUUCAUUUUAAGGGUAUGCGCAGUGAAACUCUUCUGGAUGGUCGUUUUAUUUUCUGGGUUGAUGGGGCAUGUUAGCAGUGUAAACACAGUUACGAUAAAGUGUAACCACGGGAAGGGUUCCAGAAGCAAUAGGGAUCUAUGAUGAUGCCCUUGGAGAUGUGCUCUGUGCUCAAUCUGUCAUAUUGGUUUCAGAAGAACCUUUUCAAAUACCCCAGUAUUGUUCUUAGUGCUUUGGGAAAUUUCAAAAUAUUUACACACUAGUAAUAAAUUUGUUAUCAGAAGUUUACAAGAUGAAGGGCUUCUCUCUCGUCUGAAUUUCUAGUUUUAUAAAUCAUUCAGUAUAAAACGUUUUCACCUGGAAGGUAUGCGCAGCAUUAAGCGUCUACUCUGGCCAGCAGCGCCAUUUUCUCAAGCACAAAGUCCGUUCUCGUGGACGCGGAGUAGCUUCGGUGUUGGGAGUAUCUGAUCUGCCGUAGCAUUGCACAGGUUUCUGAAGAACAAGAAUGGGCAGCUUCAGAAACUGAUUUGGGGGAUCGCUGAUGGUGGGAGGGUACACAGACUCUUUUGCGGGGAGCUAGUGAGAGCCUGGCCAGUUUUACAACCAUUCCAGAACAAACUGGAACCUGAUGCAUAGAAAUGGGCGGUCUCUGUCUCCAGAAAGUUAUCUUCCAAGAGCGAGUCCCUUGUGGAACUGAACUGUGUUCUCAUUCUUUCAGCCAGUGCCCAGGUCAGAACUGACACAUUCUUGCAGCAUCAGGGACAUGGCAUGGCCAGAGAUGAGCUGAGUGUUACUUCCCCCUCAAAUCUCAGGCCCAGGGAGACGAGGGCGGGGAGGGCGCCAGGGACCCUGAACUCUGAGCAGUGAUAUUAACGUUCCCUUCACACAGGGCUUCUUUCCUCAAAUGUGUGUGCUCAUUCAUUCAGGUAGGUUAAAAUGAUUUUCUUUUUCCAGCCAUCCAGAGGUUUCCAAACUAAGUUAGCCACUGAAUUUGAGUCAGGGAAUUCCAAGGAAAAAGAGGAGAUUAAGGUAAAUUCUUUGUUCUGUAUUGCUGCUGCGACUUUGGGAAAAAAUUAAGAGAGCUCCUCCUGGAAUUGAAAUUUCUAUUUGAUGAAAAAGUGGAUAAUUCCGUUAUUAUUGUUUGGAGCUUAAAGAGAAUGUUUUGGUUUUGUUAGUAAAAUCCCAAUCACAUAUCCUAUUCAACCAUAACUAAAACUUCAGUCUCGAAGGUGGUAACCGGUAGAAUAUAAGGACGAACGUGCAGGUCUGCAUUUGAACUCAGCCGGCAGGAAGGGAUGCAUUCUGUGGUCCCAUCAUGAGUAGAGAGAGCAAGUCUUUUCAGAAGAUCAACUGAUGGAUUUUUCCCGAAUCUUCACCACAGUGUUCCAAAUAUUAUCAGAUUUGUCACGGAGUCUUCUAUGUUCCUUUUGAAAUUUAUUGUUUAAGCCUAUUCCUAAACCUUUAUAAAAAUAUAUUUGGCAAGUACACCAAAGAAACCAGCUCAUAAAAGAUUAUGAUCAUUAAUGAACUGCCAACCUCAUCUUUUAAAAACGGAAGAUUUUUUUGUGUGUGUGUAAAUAUUUGUGUUUAUAAAUGUACAGCAGAGUUAAGAGUGUUUUUUAGAUUAUUUAAUUCCCAUAUUUCUAAACUAUUUACUACAGAAUAAUCCACACUUGUUAGUUUGGAGGACUUGACUGUUUUGUUUUUUUAAUUCAUUAUCAGUCAUGCUUGGAACAGCAUUUCCGCUAGAGAAUUCGGUGUUCUGGCAGGAGAAAGAGUCCACAUCUGGAGGCUGAGGAGUCUAGAGUGAUUUGUCAGACGCACACCCUAAGAGACAAGAAUGUAUAGUUUCAUUAGCAGAGCGGACCAUAUGCAAACGGAGAUUCUAACUUUCCUGCAGAAUUGCUCAGUAGCCCAGAAUGUGAUUGGGAUGAGGCCCUUUGCCCACAAAUUUAGCUUUCAUGUAACUCCUAGUGUUAUAAUGUAUUUUGUUCUUCCUUUGUAAUGUAAGUUUUGCUUUGGGUCAAUUUGAAUUAAAAAAAAAACUUAAAUCUGGUUUAAAACCUA